UGUUACAUUACCAUCUGCAUUGUGUUACAUAGGUAAAAUUCACGCAUACCGUGAAUCAAAGAUAAAUUAGGAGUUUCAACAUUGGUUCUAGUUUCGUUAUGUGUUAAAUUUCUAUGUUUAUGUUUUCGAAAUGUUGUGUUCGUUCCGUGACGGAUGGGUUGACAUCGGAGGAGUGCCAAGUCACGUAUUGACCUGGGGAGGUUGGAUUGACGAUCCUCUGCCACCGGGAGGGACAGUGUUACUCUUCAUGUGCGGAGUUCCAGGAUUAACUUUCUUCUACAAAACGUUUCUAGAAGAACUCUACAACCGUCUCAAGAUACCCGUUUGGACUAUUUGCAUCGCAGGGCAUGAGCUCCCACCACGCCACAGUGGACUGUCCCUAACCAAGAGCAAGAGCAGAUACGAUAACGUAAGAGCACAAGCUACUCACAAAAAGGAGUUUGUCAACAAGUACUUACCACCUGACAAAAAAGUUAUUUUGGUUGGACACUCUUUCGGAGGUAAAAUGGUGUUGGAGCUUUUGAAAGACGAAGAGUUGGAGAAUCGAACCGAGAAGUGCUUCUUGUUGAUGCCGACGAUCGAGAGGUUCGCUGAUUUGCCUAGAGCUAGGUUCUGGCUGAAAAUAUGCAAUUUGGGGAUAAUUUAUUUGAUAGUGCUGUUUGUCUGGUUGUUAUCUUUGCUGCCGUUGUCUUGGCGCAGGAAGUACGCGCUGUGGUAUUUCCACUCCAGAGGAUUCAAGAACGUGGACGAACACUGUGUGGACGCUAUGGCUGAGCUUAGUGGCAACACUGAACUUUUCAAUAACGUCAGAGCUUUGGUGUAUGACGAGUUGGAAGCGGUGAAAGAACUCGAUGUUGGAGUUUUGAGAAAGAUAAGUGACAGGACUAAGGUAUUCUUCGCCAUGAACGAUUACUGGGCUCCGCUGACUCAUUAUCACUCACUAAAGGUAGCCGUGCCACGACUGGAGGUUGAGAUAUUGGACAGCGAGUUCAAACAUGCAUUCUCUGUUACAACUCCUCACAAUAUGGCGGACAUUAUAGUUGGUGAGCUCCAUAUUGAUCAUAUACAAGUGUGUAAUUAGGGAUAAAUUCAUGAUUAAACUAGGAAUAGUAUGGUUAGCCUGUCUUGUUUUGAUGACUGUGUUGAAAGUGCCAAUUACUGUACAGAGGGGUGCGAAGUAGGUAUAAAAAAGUUGUAGUGUUGGUGUAAAAGAACAGCAGUUUGAAUCGUUUUUAGAACCUUUUAAAUGAUCGGACGUCCAAAACAAUAACCUCAAACUGUGUGUUACCUGGGAUGUCUUGAGACACCGUCAUUUACAAAUUUGAAUUUAAGUGAAAAGUUAACUACAGUACUAUCAACCAACUACAUAUUAUGUUAACCUACUUUUGCACCUUUUUAGAACCAUUGUUAAUUCAUAUGUCAUUAGUAAAAUAAUAAAAGCGGUAUUAGCCUAGUUUGAAGUUCUACACCACCAGUUAAAACUCAGUGGAUUCGUGUUUAUCCUAAACUGGAUCCAGAUAUUUUAGAUCAUUGGGUUUGGUUUUGAUGGUCCAGAAACAGCUGAUGGUCUAAAAUCAUGAAGAUGUGCAAGACAUCGCUCUUCACACAUCCUUCACUCAUGUUAAGGUUGAAUAGAAAUACC